AUGGUGGAGCUAUGGACGCAAGUACUAAGGAAUUGCCGGUCGGGAGCACAGCGUGUGGUUCUAAAUGGAACCGAGCAAACGAUGGCUAUGGAAGAACUGGAGAGAUCUUCCAGAGUGAGCGCUGCCACUUACGCUUCCUUGCUCAAGCAAUGCAUAGCUCGCAAGGCGCUUGGCCAUGGCAGGCAAAUCCACGCUCACAUCCUCGCCGCCAAAGAGAAAGAUCCUCGCGCCGCGCCCACCGCGCCCUUCUUGGGCAAUCUUCUCCUCCAGCUCUACGCUCGCUGCGGCGACCUCGAUCGCGCGCGAUCGAUCUUCGAUGGCCUCGCCCACCGUAAUCUCUUCUCGUGGACGACGAUGAUGGGCGGCUACGUCCAGCGCGGGCGAUUCGAUCGCGCGCUGGAUCUCUAUCACUGCCUCGAGAAGAGAGAAGAGCCCUCCUAUCGAUCGAUCGAGCCGGAUGCUUUCGUCUACACGAUUGCGCUGGCGGCGUGCUCGAGCUUGGGGGAUUUGGCCAGCGGGCGGGCAAUCCACGCGCGCUGCUACGAUCGAUCGAUCCGGGAUGUGAUCCUUGACACCGCGAUCAUCAACAUGUAUGCCAAGUGUGGCUGUGUUGGAGAGGCAAAGAUCGUCUUUGAUUCGAUGCGCCAGAGAGAUUCCAUCGCCUGGAACGCGACGAUCGCAGCAUUUGCCCGGAAUGGGCAUUUGCGCGAGGCGAUCUUGCUCUAUCUGGAGAUGACCGCGCAAGGGCUAGAUCCCAGCGAGGCGACGUUUGUGAGUGUUCUUGGCGCUUGUUCUUCCCUCUCUCUCGUUCGAUCCAUCCACUUGCGAUUCCUUGAGAGUGGGAUCCAGUCCAGCGAUGCCACCACUUCCCUCAUUGCGGCAUUUGGGCGGUGCCAGAGCCUGGACGAAGCAAAGCUCGUGUUUGAUCGAGCGCCGCGGUGCUCCAUCACGAUCUUCGCGUGGACGGCGAUCAUCGCGGCCUACACGCAUCACGGGCGUUGCAAGGAAGCGCUGGAGCUCUUCCAAUCGCUGCUCCUCUCGAUCGAUAGCCACGGCCGCGAGGAUCUCGAGCCCGAUGGCUACACUUACUCGAUCGUGCUCAUGGCGUGUGCUAACACCGGAGCAAUCGAUCAGGGCAGGGCUAUCCACGCGAGGAUCAUCGCGAGAAAGAAGCGCACUGGAUCAUCGAUGAUGGAGAGCUCCGUGCUCGGAUCGCUCAUCAGCAUGUACUCCAAGUGUGGAUCCCUGGACGAGGCGAGAGAAGCCUUCGAUCGCGCCGAGGAGCAAUCGCGAUCCGGGGUGGUGUGGAACGCGAUGAUCGCUGGCUACGUCCAGCACGAGCGCGCCCAAGACGCGAUCGAGCUCUACCGCGCGAUGGCGAGUCAAACCUCGCCCCCGAUCGAGACCACGGCCUUCACGCUCUCGAUCCUCUUGGGCGCGUGCGCGAGCUUGGAAUCGCUGGAUCGCGGGCGAGAGAUCCACGCCACGAUCAUCGAUCGAGGGAUGGAAUCCGACACCGUGCUGCUGAAUUCUCUGGUGAGGAUGUACUCCAAAUGCGGUAGCCUGCUCGAUGCGAUGCGCGUCUUCCAGAGCGCACUCCAAGAUCGCGAUCGCGGCGGCGGUGGAUCCAUCGACGCCAUCACCUGGAACGCGAUCAUCGUCGCCUCUGCUCGCUCCAGCGCCGGCAACCUCUCGAUCCACCUCUUCCACGAGAUGCUCCUCCACGGCUUCGAUCCAAACGGGAUCACACUCACGGCCGUGCUCACGGCGUGCGGCCACGCGGGGAUGAUCGAGAGCUUCCACAGCUACUUCGCUCUCGUGGUGGGCGAUUGCAGAGUGGUGCCGGGGAUCGAGCAUUACGAAUGCGUGGCGGAUCUGUUGGGUCGAUCUGGGAGGAUUGGGGAUGUCCAGGAGCUCCUCCAGGCAAUGCCAUUCUUCCCAAACGCAGCGCCCUGGAGGAGCUUGCUGGGCGCGUGUAGAGUUCACAGUAGUGGUGUGGAGAUUGCUGGAGUGGCGGCUGGGGAGGUGGCUGUGAUCGAGCCGAGCGAUCACACGGCAUAUGUGAUGCUCUCCAAUGUCUAUACCAUUAACAACAGUUAG